AUGAUUCGACUACAUUUCAAAAGACUUUUCAGCAAACUUAGACAAACACCCAUCAUCAAUUGGAAAUUGAUUGACCCACGAAUCUCAAUUCAACAAGAUUGUGCAUUCUGUCAGCUGCGUUUCCCACAGGAUAAGCAAAUCAACUUUGACCAAGAUCUUGGAAAGAGUGCCGCAAUACCAAGUAAGCAUGUCAUGGUGCUCACAACUAAACACAACAGAAUUGAAGAGUUUGAAUCCAGAAUUGAAAAAUGGUCAGGUACUUUGGCACACGAGGUGAAUAAACUACACUUUAAAAUUCCAAUGGGGUCGAGGACAUUGAUAUCGAGUAUCGUACUACAUAACAAUGAAGAAGUAUUGCAGCAAUAUGAGGUCAACCGACAAGAAGGCGACCAGUUGGUGUUUAUCUAUCCCGAGAUGAAAAUCGUCAAAUUCAACAUUAGCCACACUGAUCAGUUUAUGACAAAGUAUUUGAAAAGUGAGCAAGAGGAAGAAGUUGAAGUGUUUAACCCAUUUGCGAAACCACAGGCUAGUUCAAAGAAUCGUGUUUCCAAAAUAAAAGUCAAUAAUGGCAAUUUUCAAGAGUGGCAAUUGGACAAGGACUUGGUGGUGAUAUGCGGCCAUGCUAAACGAGAUAUGAGAUGCGGAGUAUUGGGCCCGUUAUUAGUGGAUAAGUUUAACACCGAAUUGCUGCUGAAAGCAUUACAUGAUGAUGUAUACGUUGGUGAGAUCACUCAUGUUGGGGGCCAUGCAUUUGCAGGUAAUGUUUUGUACUACCCCAAGGAAUGCGCCACGAGCCACGAUUUUAUAUGGUAUGGGCGUGUGUUUCCUGAUCAUGUGGAGAGGAUUGUCGAUGAUACAAUUUUGAAUAAAGAAAUUAUCAAAGGUUUGUUUCGAGGUGACUGCGAGAGUUAUAACAGUGAUGAAGUAGACUAG